AUGUCUUAUGAAAUCAAAUGCGAUAUUGCCCUAGCCCCACCACGCGGGGCUGACAUCGUCGACUUUAUGAACAACUUCUACAGAAUCAGUGAUACUGAGGAACUACAUGAGAAAUAUGUCGAGAGCUUCACGGAAGAUGCCACUUUGAUUAUGGGACCCAAGGAAGCAAAGGGUACCGAUGGCAUCCGGACACUACGACAUGGUCUUUGGACUCAUGUCGCAUCCCGAAAGCACACACCAACUCGUAUUUUCUUCAGCGGAGAGAACGAGAUUAUGCUCUACGGUGGUGUCAACUAUCGCCUCAAGGCCAACCCAGAGAAUGAUGUGUAUGUCCCCUGGGCUGGUAGAGUUGUCUUUGAUCUCGGAGAGACAUAUGAGGGUGAUGUCAAGAUGCAAUUUUAUCAGGUCUACUUGGACCCAUCCGCGCAAUCUGGCAAGAAAUAA